UGCAGAAACCUAGAAAUAGGCAAGCACGGCAACGCAGUGAGCCUCCGGCGGCCGCUCUUUCUCAACCAAACCGCGCUUUCCGCGCUUGGAUCGGCUCAUGGCGGUCAUCUAUUCAACUCCCGGUCUUCUUCCUCCUCGUGGCCCUUUCCACCUUUUGCGGCAGUUGCAUCAUCUCCUUGUUCGGAUCCUUCUUGUCCUCGCUCCGAUUGAUGCCGAUCCGCCGCUGGGAUUUCGUUUAUGUCGACCUUAGCUUGGCAGCCUCUAAGUAACACUCGUAAUGCGAUUGGGGUCCGAUCUGUUCUGCCGUGGCGCGGCACCAACGCUGUCGAGCUUCCGCUGCUUCCUCAUCUAGGUUGGCGCGUGAGAGUUGUUUGAUGUUGUGGAGAUGGAUUCUACUACUAACUCUGAGCUAAAUGAUUCUAGCAACCCAAUCUCUCCCAAUUCGGUACUACAAGAACAAGCAGCAGUGAACUCACCAGUUAAGGGAAUCCCAGAUAUACACGUUGAGCCACCUCUUCUCCGCCCCCUGCGGCUUCGGGCUAUCGGGAAGUUGCAACAUCUUUCCUUCCACUUUUUCCCUGUGGUAUUGGAUCCCAGCACCGCUUUGACCCAAUCGGAAAAUGAAGUCGAUGAACUUGAGCUGGAUUCACUGGAUGCCUGCAUGAUUCUGCAACCUGUUUCGUUGUCUGAGAUCGGCGAUGAUCUUGGAUAUGGAAGCAAGGGUUUUGAAGAUGACUCAUUUUUAUCAACGCCAUCGAAUUCUUCGCCGCCGAUUGCCAAAGCACGAGAGACACCAUCUAAGUCACCAGCUAAUGAUACUGAGAAAAAGACGAAUGAGGCUGAUGGUAGCAGCACUGAUACUAAAUCUUCUAAGCUGGUGUCGCCCACUUUUGCCAAUAUUACGAUUGAAAGCGCAACCUUCAUCGCCUACCCCUAUGUCGCCUUCCUCGCCUAUGGUUUUAGCUGGAAUACCAGUGUUCUUGGGGUCACCAAAGUAUUCCACAAUGGAGGCAGAACCAAUUGCAUAUGCUGUGACUAUAGAUCAAAGUAAUCAUGUCAGCAAACCUUCUGAAGCAUCUUUGCCCGAUUCAGUGUCGAGUGUGCCUAAGGCCGAAACUUUGUCAGGAGUGUUUUCCACUCCGUCACUCCUCAUUAAGAGUGAUUCACUCUCUUCGCCACCCUGGCCAUCGCAAAGUUGCGUUGUGCCAUCCUCUCCAUGCCCACCUCCUCCUCCACCAUCACCAGUGGCAUCAUCAGGGCAACAAUCAUCCUUGACAUCAUCAAAUGGAUUUGCACCACCACCUCCUCCAUUGGCUGCAACAAAAGCUAUUCGUGCCAAGAGAAAUGAUGCAAGACUGAAAAGAUCGACACAAAUGGGAAAGUUAUAUAGAGCCCUCAAAGGAAAGGUGGAAGGUUCUAGUUUAGAUGGCAAAGCGUUGCAAGGAAGGAAAAAUCAAGUUGGGAAUUCCUCAGGUGGUAAUAAAGCUCAAGGGAUGGCUGAUGCAUUGGCUGAGAUGACAAAGAGAUCAUCUUACUUUCGGCAAAUUGAAGAAGAUGUUGAAAAGCAUUCUGCAUCUAUUCUGAAGAUGAUAUCCUCUCUCAAUUCCUUUAAGACAAAGGAUAUGAAGGAGCUAUCAAAAUUUCACCAGAAAAUUGAGCAAGUGCUUGAAAAACUAACCGAUGAAACACAGGUCUUGUCUAGGUUCGAAGGCUUCCCGUUAAAGAAAUUGGAGAAUAUUCGGGUGGCAGCUUCUCUACAUAUGAGGUUGGAAUCUAUAGUUGCAGCAUUGAAGGGUUGGAAGUUAGCAUCUCCAAUUGCCCAGCAGCUUGCGAAGGUUGAGUGCUACUUCAACAAGAUCAAAGAAGAAGUUGAUGUAACUGAGCGCAACAAAGAUGAAGAAUCCAAGAGAUUAAAAAACCACAAUAUUAUGUUUGAUUUCACUGCCCUUGUAAGAAUCAAGGAGGGCAUGGUUGAUUUAUCAUCAGACUGCAUGGAAAUGGUGCUCAAGGAGUGCAGAGAGACUCAGGAAAUAGCUGGAGAAACCACAUCCAAAUAAAAAACAAGACUGAAAAUGCUGUGGAGGGCUUUUCAGCUGGCAUUUCGAGUAUACAACUUUGCUGGAGGACAAGAUGAUCGAGCAGAUAAGUUGACCAGGGAAUUGGCUCGUGAGAUAGAGGCUUGCUCUGAAUCCUAGAGUUUCCUAGUAUACAUCUUUCUUUGUUCCAAAGGGAGCUUCCUCAACUUCAGUCCUCAAAUUUAAGUUUCAUUAGUGAUGGAGCGCAGCAAGGAUUAGAUGCGAGUAGCUGCUUGUAUCAUUUACAUAAAGUCAAUUGAUGAGAAUCAAGAAAAAUAUCUGUAACAAAUGGACUGGGGAAGACACAGUAUCGCCUUUGAACCAAAAACACUAGAAGAGAAUCAAGAAUUUAGCUUUGAAUAUCGCCAGUUGAAAUUAACUAGUAUUAUUGUGCUCA